AUGGGAGGGGCUGUCGUCAAAAACUAUGAUAAAAAGGAUCAUAGUAGAGGAUCGCAAGGGACGCCUUCCCGCAAAAGUUCGAAUUCGAGCAAAGGUAAUACGCCGGGGCGGGUCCAAAAUUCUGCGGGAGUAAAGGACAAUACCCAAACAUCAUCAAAUGGCGGCAACGACGCGACACUUCAGACUGGAUUUGAGAUGUUUGUUAGAAAGGCACCAGUGGUGCUUAAACCUUUGCCCCAGCCGAAGACUGGUUGUCUCCUCCCCUCCAAAUAUAUCCCACAGGCGCUGCCUAAGAAAGCCGAUCUGGCGGGUGUCGGUUGCGACGAUAUAAAACCUCUGAGGAAGAACAGCGGUCAACUGGCAGAGUCGCUUAGUGGAAAGCGUCUCGGCGCUGUAGAUGGUGAGGACGCCAUACGGAAGAGUUCACCGAAGGCCAUGGCAAAUGGGCAAUGGGUAUCUUGCGAUGAUUCACCGGGAGCGGCGGAUGCCAGUGAUGCGAGCAGCGGGUCGGAAACCUUCACGUAUAGCAUUGACUUCCCCGGAAUGCGCAGCCUCCCGUGGUUUAACGCGAACCGGAACCGGGGGCUCGUCAAGAGGCGGGAGCGGCCGCCGAGCAUCAGUUGGAAUGAAGAAGAGGAAAUUGCUAUAAGUGAUGCAAGCGACAAGGAGGAUAAUAAAACGGGGGAGACAGAAACUGGUGCUACAAGGGCGGUGGCACCUGCCAAUGCGGAUGGGGAAGUAGGGGCGGAAGCAGAUGCCGGUACGACGGAGGGAGACGAGCCGAAACCAGCGGAAAAGCCAGAGCGGCCGCGUCAUAGGCCCAUCCUUUUAGGAAAGAUUCCCCAUCGGAAACAAUUAGCAAAGAAGGCGCUUGAAGACAACGCAAUUUUUGCCUCCACACGCUUUCCAAAGUUUUGA